UCUUUAAUUGUUGAUUUUCUUGGCUGUUGUUGUUGUUGUUAUUUUGACCAACCAAACCGAUUUUUGUGAUAAUAAAAAGUUAUCAUAAUCCGUCUCCGUCAUAAGAUAAUUAAAUUAAAUUGAAUAUUGGAUCAUCAUAAUCAUUAUCAUUCAAAAAUCUAUUUUGCAAUUUUGUUAUUUUUUUUUCUGGUCACCAUCGAAACCGUUUGAUCGGAUGUAAGAACAGAUUUUUGUUACUGUUGUUGUUGUUUGUUUGUUGUGGAUUUUUUUUUCUGCUACUGAUGUUUGUUUGUUGGAUAAAAAUAUAGAUCAAGUUUUUUUCUCUCGUUGGCCAUGAACGUGUAAAGAUCAUUUAAAAAAAAAUUUACCUGAAAACCUCGAAUCUCGAAAAAAUGAUUGUAGCCAAAUACUGUGAUGAACCACCUGUUGAUUAUAGCGAUGAUGAUGAUGAUGACGGUGGUGAAGAAGAGGAUUUGUUACAAAAUGGAACCAACAAAUUUCAUCGUUAUGAAUAUCAAGAUGAUUGUAUAUCAUUUCAAUCAGCAACAACAACAACAGCGACAACGACAACAUCAUCAUCAUUAUCAUCGAUACCACCGAUAUUAUCAACAAAAUCAAAACAUUUAUACGAAAUACCUACAAUCAAUUUUAAUCGAUUACAAUUUGAAAAAUUAAUUGGACGUGGUGGUUUUGGUCAGGUUUAUCGUGGCCAAUAUCAACAAGAAUUGGUUGCCAUUAAAGAACCAAUUUAUCAUCAACAAAAAUCCAUUGAAAUGAUUAAUGAUUCGUUGAAAGAAGAGGCACGUUUACAAUUUUAUCUGGAUCAUCCAAAUAUUAUCAAAAUUUAUGGAUUAUCAAUGAAUCAUCGGAAAAUCUAUCUAGUUAUGGAAUAUGCAUCGGGAAAAUCAUUACAAGAAUUAUUACAAAAACAUAAUUUAUCACCAACAAUUAUUAUUAAUUUUGCUAAACAAAUUUCUAGUGCAAUGGAAUAUUUACAUAAUUUUAAACCAAAACCAAUCAUUCAUCGUGAUUUAAAAUCAUCAAAUAUUUUACUUGAUCAACCUAUCGGCAAAGGAAGAUGGUUAGAAAAACAAUUAAAAUUAACCGAUUUAGGUUUGGCACGUGAAUUAACAGAUUCAACAUCAAUGAUGACACCAUGUGGUACAUAUGCAUGGAUGGCACCCGAAUCAAUAACACAUUCCAAAUUUUCAAAAGCAAGUGAUGUUUGGAGCUUUGGCGUUGUAUUAUGGGAGCUAUUAACAGCCGAAAUACCAUAUAAAAAUAUUGCCGGUGCUGCUGUUGCCUAUGGUAUUGGUAAUCGUCAAUUAACAUUACCUAUUCCGAAAAAUUGCCCGGAAGAAUUAAAACAUAUUUUACAAGAAUGUUGGCAACAAGAACCAUCAUUACGGCCAAGUUUUCAAAAAAUACGAAAUGAUCUGGAAAAAUCAUCAUUCAAUGUUAUCAAUAUGGAACAAUUUAAAUUGAUGAAAAAAAAUUGGUUCGAAGAAAUAUGGAAAAGUUUAAAAGAAAAGGAAAAAGAAUUACAAUCCAGAGAGAAAAAAGCCGAAUUAAAAGAAGCAAAAAUGAAUGAAAUUGAACGAUCAUUACAGGAAAAAUCUAAACGAUUAACUGAAAGAGAAAUUGAAGUUGUUGGUCGUGAAUUGAAACAAAUAUUGGAACAGAAUGAGCAAAAAAAUUUUCAACGUAAUAAAUCGAUAAAUCGAAAAAAAGAUGGCCGUCCACCAUUGAUUAGUUAUCCAAAAGAUUUUUGCCAUAAUGUUACAGUAAUGAAAACUAGUCUUGAACAUUCAUCACAGCCAAGUUUACAGGCAAAAACUUUGAAUAAAACAUGGACACCUGGAACCAAAAUCAGACGUGAAUUACAUACAGAUCUUUUUGUAAAUGUUUCACGUACUAGUUCAAUGUCUCAAGAUACAGAUUGUGCAGAUGUGGAAUGUUAUCAUCAACAACAACAACAACAAUCAUCAUCAGUAUCAUCAUCGAAAAUGAAAAAGAUUGGUCGAUUUUUGAAAAGAAUUUUUGGCCAUAAUGAUGAUGAUCACUCAUUAUUGAAUGAUAAUAAUCAUCGUCCACAUGAACAACGUUCAAUUUUUCAUAUCGAUAGUGAAGAUAAUAUUGUUGAUAAUGAUACAAAUGCUCUUGUAAUGCUCUCUCUUAAUCGUACCUAUCAUGGCCAAACAAAAUAUUCACAAAGAAUUCCAUUUUGGGAAUCAUUUCAGCCACCACCAACAACAACAACAACAAACACAAAAACCACAUCAACAACAAUGAACCAAACAGCUAGCUAUGAAUGGCAACAUGAUGAUAAUGAUGAUGAAUUUGAUGAUGAAGAAGAUGUU